UAUUUUUAAGUUUGAAAACUUAGCAGAUCCAAGCCAUACUCGUAGAUUCCCCUCCUCUGUACAGCUUGUUGUUUUGAGAUAAGAAGAGAGUGUUAUUUUGAUUUUUGAAGAGGUGCAAGCCAGGGAAGGACUCUCUUCUUCUUCUUCUUCUUCUUUUCUUUCUUCUUUCUUCUUCUUGGGUCUCCAGCUAAUACAAGGUAACUAAAAAAUGAUGUAUCAAGUAGUGUGUUCUUAUUCUCCUUUGAGUUGUACCAUUAUUGGGUUUUCAUGAUUUCCACAGCUUUCAACUUUUCUUUUAAUAUUUUCUGCAAGUCUGAAUUUUUUUCUCUUUUCUUUUUGAUCAUCUCUUGUUUCAGACCAAAGCUUGAAAAAGCUUGAAAGGUUCCAUUCUCCAAGACAGCUACAAGCAUUCAUUCAUGUUUGAACAUAAAGGAGCAAUUUCCCUCAUUUUGGCAAUUGUCUUCUGGUCAAAUUAACUCUGAAGAGGCAGAAGUAUACAGUUAUGGGUCUGACUAAGAGGCCCACCAUGAGAGGCUGCUACUACAUGUAUAUACAUCACAUGCAGAUUUCUCCUCUUAAACGGUAGCAAAGGAAUCCAAUCCAAUAGAGAAAGAUCUGCCCUACUCAGCCAAAAGUGGUUCUUCUGAAGCAAAUAAUGGAGCCUCCUUAUCAACUUCCAGUCUCUGACAUUAUUCAAAGCAAAUCAACAGAAAAGUACAAAGUUUUGUGAGAGAAAGACAUCGUCGAGUUUAGCUUCCAAAAGAAGAGAGAUCUACUUCUACUGUACAUAUCAAGCUUUCAUUGAUGGCCAUGGAUGAAGAGGCAUCACUUUCUAGUGAACUUCCUCAAGACCCUCCAAGCGGGCUUACCGUCAAGAUUUCAACUUCUUGCAAUAGAAGUGGUAAAAACAUCUUAACCCAUCUUUCUACUUCAAAUACAGAUUUGCCUUCUCCAAACUUAAAGAGCUCCAUUGAAUCAUCCCCAUACAACUCUCCUCUUGUGUCACCACCAUCAUCAGCAUUUGUUUCAGCUCUGCAAUCACCAUAUAUAUCACCAAGGGCUAUAAGCAUAAACCCAAAACCCCAAGAGACGAAGACUCCACCCGAGAAUCCAACACCAGUCACCCACCCAUCAUCGCCACCAGCCUCGUCAUACAGGGGUUCACAAUCUGAUGAUAUACCAAGCAGCUCCUACACUCCCCCAUCAGACCAAUAUGAAUUUUCCGAUGAUCCAGCUGAUGCAAAGCUCAAGUAUGUGACCUGUGGGGCACUUCAAGAUCCUGCUCCUCCACGUAUCUCCUUCUCAUUUCCCGUCCCUCGUAUAUCCUUCAAAGGUUCUGUUUCCCCAGCUUCCAAUGCCAAACUCAGCUAUGACGUCUAUAUUGGCUUCCAUGGACAGAAUCCUAAUCUCAUUCGGUUUUGUAAAUGGCUUAAAUCUGAGCUGGAGCUUCAGGGAAUUGCUUGCUUUGUUGCUGAUAGAGCCAAGUAUUGUGAUCAAAGCCAAGAGAUUGCGGAUAGAGUUAUUUGCUCAGUCACUUAUGGAGUUGUGGUAGUGACCAACUCUUGCUUUCUUAACCAUCUGAGUUUAGAAGAGAUUAGAUUCUUUGCUCAGAAGAAGAACUUGAUCCCACUUUUCUUUGGCACUGAACUUGCUGAAGUCAUGGGGCUUCUUUACUGCAAUUCAAUCGAUAAAGAGCGAAAAGAAGCAAUUGAUGGACUAUUGAAUUCGCAAGAGUUCAAGCUGGAAGCUAAUGAGGGUAAUUGGAGGAGCUGUAUAACUAAAGUUGCUGGUCUAUUAAGAGCUAAGCUUGGCAGAAAGAGUGUGGCUGAGAAUGAUGCAGUAGAAGGAUUUGAGGAGCUCCCAUUCCCACGAAACAGAUUUUUUGUUGGUAGAGAGAAGGAAAUGACGGAGAUUGAAACUGCUUUAUUUGGAUGUGGGUGGGAUAGUCUUGAACAGAAGUGCUCCAUUCCAAACAUAAAAGGAGAAGCCAGCGGGCAAUCUGAUAGCUUUGAAAAUGAGGAGAGCGAGGAGGUCACUACCACUGCUAAAGGGGGAACAUAUAUUAAUUUGGAGUUGGGAGGCAAGUGCAAAGAACCAGAUUUAGAGGCUUGGGUGGAACCAGUUAUGGAAAGGAAUUCAUUGAAGAGGUCAAGAUACAAGAAAUCAAAAAAUGGGACUCACAAGAGCUUGGGAAGCAACAGUGUGUUUUGUAUAAAUGGUACUGCAGGCAUAGGAAAGACAGAGCUUGCACUUGAGUUUGCUUAUAGAUAUUCUCAGAGAUAUAAAAUGGUCUUGUGGAUUGGUGGGGAAGCUCGGUAUUUGAGGCAGAACAUACUAAAUCUUUCUCUCAAUUUAGGACUGGAUGUGAGUGCUGAUGGUGAAAAGGAAAGGGAGAGAAUUAGAAGCUUCGAAGAGCAAGAAUUUGAAGCAUUCAAGAGAGUCAAAAGAGAGCUGUUCAGAGACAUACCAUAUCUACUUAUUAUUGACAAUCUUGAGACAGAAACAGAAUGGUGGGAAGGGAAGGAUUUAUAUGAUUUGAUUCCAAGAAACACUAAAGGGUCACAUGUGAUUAUCACAACCAGACUACCUAAGGUGAUGAAUUUUGAAAUGAUGCAGCUUCCACCUUUGCCAUUAUCAGAUGCAAUGCUCUUAAUGAGAGGAAGGAGGAAAACUGACUACCCAAGUGAGGAGCUAGAGUUUCUUCAAAAAUUUGACGAGAAAUUGGGAAGGUUGAGCUUUGGUUUGUGGGUGAUUGGAUCACUCCUUUCCGAGCUUUCAAUUUCUCCAUCUGCACUUUUUGAAGCUAUGAAUCAAGCUCCACAGGAAGAUGGUUCUGCAUACUCCUAUAUGAGCAUAAAUGAUGAGCAAUACUGUAAAAACAGUCCUUUCCUAAUGAAGCUUCUACGUUUUUGUCUCACAGUCUUGCAACACACCAAUGGCACAAAGAACCUUCUUGCCUCAAGAAUGCUUCUUGUUGGUGCUUGGUUUGCUCCAUCACCCAUUUCAGCAACUUUGCUAGGGACAACAGCCAGGGGUAUGUCUGCUAUUGAGAACAGAUUUAAACAAUGGACCAAAUGCUUAAGCCUGACAUUUGGAUGCUUCUCUGGUUGUGGAUUAGCACCCCAAAGUGAAGAAGAUUCAGCAAUUCUUCUUGUUAAACUGGGACUAGCGCGAAAAGCGAACAGACAAACUGGUUGUUGGAUUCAGUUCCACCCUAUAACUCAAGUUUUUGCAAGAAGAAAGGAUGGUAUAUCAACUGCCAAGGCCACAGUGCAGGGAGUAAGUAAAAUUGGCAACCCCUUAGUCAACUUUGAUCAUCUAUGGGCAUCUGCAUUCCUUGUCUUUGGAUUCAAAUCCGAACCCCCAGUUAUCCAACUAAAGGCAGCUGAUAUGGUUUUGUACAUAAAGAAGACAGCUCUUCCACUAGCAAUUAAAGCUUUCACAACUUUCUCAAGGUGUAAUUUAGCACUGGAGCUUCUCAAAGUGUGCACGAAUGUGCUUGAAGAAGUAGAGAAGUCAUUUGUGUCGCAAAUACAAGACUGGUGCCAUGAUUCACUUUGUUGGAAAAAGAAAAUACAAGGUCAACAGAGAGUGGAUGAAUAUUUGUGGCAAGACGUGACAUUGUUGAAGGCUACCUUGCUUGAAACCAGAGCAAAGUUGCUGCUGAGAGGUGGUCAUUUUGACAGUGGCGAAAAAUUAUGCCGGACUUGUAUAAGUAUUCGGACAGUAAUGCUUGGCCACAGCCAUGCUCAAACCUUGGCUGCACAAGAAACACUAGCGAAGUUAGUCAGGAUGAGAAGCAAAAUAUAAUGCUCUCUUAACAGUAUGGGAGAGCUUAGUUUUGUUUACAUUGUAUUCAUUUCAGUUAGAAAUAUAACCAUAAGCUUUUCUUCUUCUUUC